AUGCCUCAUGUGCCCAGGGGAACAUUCAAAGGAACAGUGCAUCUGGACUAUUUUGAGUGUGUUAUUCCUUCGCCAUACGUCAAGGACGAUUUCAAACUUGCGAAGGCAUUGAGUACCAUUUUCGAUGGGGAUGGAAUAUCCCGCGAGUACCAUUGCUGGGAAGUGGACUUGAAGUACUAUGCCAUCACGUCGUGGGAGCAAAAGGAUCUGCUACCCGAACUUCAGGCAAUGGAAGACUCUGGUGUUCGGCAGGGCUCACUGAAAGACAUAGAAAAAGCGCUGAAAGAGGAAAUGAAAGGACAGGAAGACGCACAGAAAGCUUAA